CUCGUGUAAUGCUCUCGACGACUAUUAAGCAAUGUGACGUAAGGCAGACUAUAGCGUAGUGGAGUUUACCCACCUGCUUCUCAGUGUAUACCUAUCAUGUAAACCGCCGGGUUAACGUGAAGACGGAAGAGGCUACCCCUAUGGUAACAGUAUCCAAAAGCAACACCAAUUCAUCGACGAAUCAAUGUAAUCAUCGUCGAUUCAACUUCGAACCAACGCCACUCCUGGAUAUUGCUCCCAUUGUGUCGACAGAGAAUCUUCUAUCCGAAACGUGCUACAAAAGCUACAAUGGGUGGGUCUUCAAAAACAGCUCGUUCCGGCUGGUUCAGGUUAGCAUCGCCAUUGUGGUGGCGGUGCUCAUUCUGCUCUCCUUAGAUCGUUCCAUCGGCAUCACCAACAGUAUACUCCCGUGUCGGCCCGACGGGAGCCUCGGGGACGGCGAUAAGAAUCAAACACCAACGGGGAUGGAUGAAGAAGCGAGCGACAACGAGAUCUCGUUCGAGGACAAUAAGAGAAGAGAAUCGGGCCCCGAAACGUCAAAGGGAGAGAACAUGAAUACAACCUGUAGUUGUCGUCAGGUGCAUCCCAAGUUAUCGAACACCAUCUUGGGUCACUUGAAGCAGAUACAUCCAUCCACGAACCGAAGUACCUCAGAUUACCUCAAGAUGCAGCAUCCUAACUUCCCUGUAGAUGCUGUUAUGGACAUGGCGACUCGAAAUAUUAAGUGUCACUUGCUACCUGAGUACGCGAGCAUUAGUUGGGUCAACACAUUCUGGCAGCGGGCGGCGACUACGAAGGACGUCACCCUCUACCUGUACUCUGCUGUCUAUGACAACAGGAGUAUGACGGCAGACGUGCAGCCGUGUGUGCGUGUGUUAGUGAUCAGCAGGAGUACUAAGCCACCCAGACCUUGGUGUCACCUGUGGUUCAACGCCACAAAGCCACCCCAAGCCGUGAAGGCCCUCAGAGUAGAGUACCUCGACUACCACAAGCCGAGCUCGGAGACCAGCAUGCCUUUCUUGGUCACCUGCCCGCUGCCUCAGGAGUACGCCCACCUGAAGCCCAUCGCCGCCUCCCUCCUCCCAAAACCAUGUACCUACACUUCCAAUCUCCUACAGGUCACCGGGUCGGGGUCGCUGGAGGAGUCUGCGUUUGUCGAUGGCCGCUUCCCACACUCCUCCAGGAAGCAUGCGGAGUACACGGUAGCCGUGUGUGGACCAGCCCUCUACUACUACCACCAAGACUUCUCCUUCCGUCUGGUGGAGUGGCUGGAGCUCUUGCGGGCCAUGGGCAUCAGCAGGGUGUUCCUUUAUGAGACAGAUGUACACCCCAAUAUGGAGAAGGUGUUGCGGUACUACGAGAGUCAAGGCUUUGUGGAAGUGACCAAGUAUUCCUACCCUCCGCCCUACGAUAACGAACCCAGCACGAGGAGGUUAUGGACUAACACUCACCGGGUCCAGAUGUUCGCCCAAGAGAACAUCUACUUCAGCGACUGCCUCCUGCGGCACAUGCACCAGCACCGCUUCAUCGCCCACUUCGACCCAGACGAAGUGCCUUUCCUCCUCCACCACGAUAACUUCACACACUUAAUCAACGAGCUGCUUAACAAGUCGCAUAUGGAGCUGGGCAAGAAGGCCAAGAGUCUUCCAGCGGGUUAUAAGCUCCAGUGGAACAUCUUCUACGACGACCUCCAGCCUCCUCAGAGCACUAGAGACCUUCCGCCGUAUCUACACGCCUUGCGACACACACUGCGGCCCAAGGCGGACUUCCCUCAGUCUCCCGGCACCUUCAAGGCCAUCUACGACAUGAACACCGUCACUGGAGUCUUCUCCCAUGGCCCCAUCGUGUGCGGCUCUGGUAAAUGUCACUCAGACGUGAAGCGAGUAGACGCCAAGAUAGCUUACCUGGGCCACUUCACCAGGACGUGUGGAGACACCUGCAGGAAGGAAGGGUACCUGAAGGAAGACUCGACGCUACUUCGAUACGAGGAAGCAGUGAGGGUCACUGUGGAGAAGGUGCUCGGGGAGCUGGGUCUCUUGUAGCACACCCGCCGCGACGUCACCAGGAGCUGUCCCCACCGUCUUCCAUAACACACAAACUCUUAGAUCUAAGUGAAUGCAUUUUGGAGGCAAAAAACAUCAACAGGAUGUUUGCCUGUUGAUGUUUGGAAGCUCGUAUGCAGAUGUUUAGAGGCUCGUAUGUUCUGUGUUUGGAGGCACAUAAGCCAAUAUUUUCAAACUCAUAUGUGGGGUAAUUGAAGGUUUGUAUGUAGCUGAUUGGAGGUAAAUAUGUGAUUGCUGGGAAGCUCAUGUGAGCGACUUCACAAACGCAUAUGUAUGUAUGGAGGGAUUUUGAGUUGUAUGUAUGUCAGACUCGACACUGCAAAAUACAUUCCAUCACAAGGAUAGUGAAAAAAAGCGAUGCAAGCAUACCUGAUACAUAAUAGUAACAAUUCUAUGUAUAUUUGAUAAUUUUGUAUUUAAAUAAUAAUAUAAUUUGUGAUAGGAUAAAAACCCACACACUUGUGUAUUUGUGAGAUUUAGGUAAAAAAAUUACUCCCAAGUCUUUUGCACGUACCUGAGUGCUUUACAUCUCAAUGUUUAAUCAUCUCAACGUCUAAUAUGAUUAGACGCUGAGAUGUAAGUCUCAUCCUAACCACACACUCAGACCUUGACAAAGCACUCAGGGGAGGGCGAAAGACUUGAUGUAAUUUCUUUACCUAUAUCUGUCUGUAUAUCUAUAUUUUUAUCUAUAUACCUGUCUGCGAGUAGACAUUAACAUUACUUAUAUAUUGUGAUGUUAUUCAUUCAUACACAAUGUCAAUAUUCACAUCCUCCAUAGGUAAACAUUCCACGGAAGAAUGUUCAUCUGCCGUAAAGUUAUCAUUCAUUCAUUCAGUGCCAAAACAUAUCGCCUAAUAUUCAUUCAUAAUAUCAUCUGGGCCAAUCAUGGAUCUUCCGUCCAUACGGUGCUAUUUUCCCUUGUACAUUUAUUUUUCUUAAAGUAGCCAAAAGUCUGAAUUAACAUCACACACACACACACACACGCGCGCGCUCGCGCGCACACACACACACACACACACACACACACACACACACACACACACACACACACACACACACACACACACACACACACACACACACACACACACACACACACACACACACACACACACACAUACAUUGUCGUCUUUCCCUUGAGGGGGAAGGGGACACAGGUGGAAGCUGAGUAUCCACAUGAGCCACAGAGACGUUAGAAAGAACCUUUUCAGGGUCCAUCUGUUAGUUAACAGAUGGAAUGCAUUAGGCAGUGAUGUGGUGGAGGCUGACUCUAUACACAGUUUCAAAUGUAGAUAUGAUAGAGCCUAGUAGGCUCAGGAAUCUGUACACCAGUUGAUUGACAGUAGAGAGGCGGGACCAAACUCCCGCAAGCACAACUAGGCGAGUGCACACACUUGGAUCUGUAGUUAACUUGAUCAUUAGCUCACUCAGUAGCCCAUUCUCUUGAUCUUCCACAACGUAUAAAAUGCAGAGUGCUAACCGAACCAGAAAUACACGAACCCAAGUCACCCACCUAACCUAAUCUACUAUUACAUAGAAAAUGUGGAUAUUUAUGAGCCACUAUUUUUCAUAAUACAGUACUUUGUAACUUGUACGUUGGGGUACUGUAACGUGCCAUAACAUCGCAUUGGUUGAGAAGACUGGUUGACGACUCGACUCUAGAUCCUUACUGUACCGUUUUGAAACGUUCAAGACGGAUGUAUGGCAGGACCAAGACGAUUCCUGUGUUAUUGACCCGAGUAGAUUUUAUAAACGUUUUAUAAAUCCUUCGGGGAAAGGUAUUCAUGGAUAUCUGGAGCAGCUUUUCAGAGUACCAAACAAGGAACUUUAGGGAGCUGCUCCAGGGUUCAUACACACAAACACACACACACACAUGUAUACUAAUGAAAGGAAUAAUUUCAGUACUCAUUUUUACAAAUGAUACCUUAGGAAGUUUUGCAUUUAAUGCAAUUAGCCCGUUCCUCGAUCCUCCCACCACCACGACCUCGACAAACUCCAAGAGUGAGCAAACAAAUGGUUGUUGGAGAUUAAUCGAAACAAGUGUAAGGUUGUGAAGAUGAGAGCGGGAGACAGAAAACCAGGAGUUAUCCCACACCUUAAAGGGAACGCAGCGGCGAAAAUCAGAAAGAGUGAAAGAUCUGGGAGCGAAUACAAUUCCAACACUAACACCGGAGGCUCACACGAUAAGAGGUGUAACGUCGGCAGAAUGUGGAGCGCUGGCAAACAUAAGAACGUCAUUUAGAAACCUAAAUCAAGACUUUCAUGCCAAUCUGCACCACAUUUUUCAUAUUAAUACUGGAACAUGCAGCACCGACGUGGAGUCUGCCCCACAUAGAGCAUAAAAGCAAAACUGGAAAAUUACAGAGGUUUGCAGCAAGAUUAAUGUCAGAGAAAAGAGGGUUAAGCUAUGGAUAGGUGAAUGGAACUCGAUCUCAUAACCCUAGAGAACACAUGGAAUAUGAUCACAAUAUACAAGAUACUGAGGGGGAAUAGAUCAGGUGGACAUGGAUAGCCUCCUUAAAUUGAGAGAACAUAGGACGAGUGGACGCUA